CUCCGAAUAAUCCUUCUCGAGGGAAUUCCAGAGAACUCCGCCGUUUUCAGGAUCUCUGAAUAGUUACAACUUCAAAAUUUCAUAUUCGAGACUCGCUGGCGAACCUCGUCAUCGGGAUCUCCCGAUGGUACCUUUACCACUUUCGAUUGCCAGCCUUUCCCAGGCAUGCCCGAAAUUCAAUCAUCCUCUCGAACUAUUCGCCAAGAGCGGCGUCAAGAGCGGAAGUACAUCAUUCCGCUGCCGUUGGUUUCCCCGACGAGGGUCGCUGGUUGGGAGGAUCGCCGCAUCGGGCUGUCCUCCUCUUUCUCUACAGGCUACAACACGUGACGCGAACACGUGGGAAGGAGAAACCGCCGGCGAAGAGACCUUUCUCUCUUCUCCCCCUAACCGAAGCGCGAGCUCUAUCUCUCUCUUUUUUCUCUCUCUCUCUCUUUCUUUCCUUCUCUCUUUCUCUUCCGUUUCUAUCCUUUGGCAGCCAACAGGUAGAAAGAGAGACAGGUGGCUUGGCGAUGUAUGCAUGAUGCCGGGUGCGAUACGACAAUCCUGAACUCUGGCCAGUGUCCGUGAUGACUACCUCGUGAAUCGACGUGUCUGGUGGAUAAAUAUAAUAUAGCGUCGAUUUUCUCUGUGUUUUUUGUGAAAUUAAUCAAAGUCUUUAUAUAUAUAUAUCUCUUUCUCAAUACGAUUCUAAUUGCACUAGAAUCAUUGAUUAUCAGUGAUGCUUUGUGACAAAGUGAUUGUGAACCUUUUAGAGCAUUUCUGUGAACUUAUUGCGCGGCGUUUACGUACAAUCAUUGAAUAAUAACUAAAUGAAAUGAAUUGAAUCGCAGUAUUUAUUUGUGUGUAAGUUAAAAAACCAAAAUGUGAAAUUCACUGAUUCGCAUGACUGAUCUAACUGAUCCCGUGAUUUUGCUUCAACAAAGAAGUGACUGUAAAAGACCCACGAUUAAAAUGCUAAUCGCAAGUGCAUCCAACAAUCAAACAAUUGCUCCUCCGUCAUCCGUAAAGUUACGAAGAUCCCGAUUAUCAUCCACCAGAGGAUUGAAGCAACGAACCACAGCAAAUAUUUCGAAGGAUUCUCUUCCAUGCCAAGCUCGCCAUCAGAAAUUUGGUCCUUGUCCCGCAGCUGGCAAGAGCGUCGACGAGGACAACAGCAACGGUAGACUACUGAUAAACUGGGAGAUGAACGAGAGGAUCAGCUUGAGCAGUGGUUCCAGUGUCGGAUUAGCGAUUCGUCCCGAUAGUAGGAAAGGUAUCGAGUUUGGCGAAAAUCGCAGGAGGGAAAUUGAAAGUAGAUCGAAAAUCGGCGAAUGUUCGGCGGAACGAAAUUGCGAAGCUAAAUCGUCGUCGUUGUCGUCAACCAAACCGACAUUGGAGUUGAUGAACGUGUCGGGAUUCCUCUCAAAUGUCGAUCGAAAGCACCGUGGAAGUUCUCAUUCAAUCGAGAUCGAUACGGCGGAUGGGAAUAUUCUCAAGAGCGAUUCGAAGUACGAAAUCGGUAUUCCCAGCCGUAACUCCGCGACGAGAACGCAGAGGCAACAGAAUACUCUCAGGAAGAACAACAUCGAUAUUACGAGAAGAUGGACCAAGGAUAAGUCCGGCGAUUCCAUCUCCAAACGGCUAGAAUUGAUCCACGAACUCAAUCAAAAGAUUUUGGCUAAUUAUGAAAGAUUUCAGCAAAGAUCGAAGCGUGCGAAAGACACGAAGGAAGAGACCGUCAAGAAUUGCGCCAAGGACAGAAUUGAUCCUGAAGAACAUAUUUACACAGAGAUCAAAAGAAAAAACAAAACAACCUGUAGAACGAGCGAUCGAAGGAACCAAGGCAUUCUUAAGCAGGAUGUCUCUAACCAAGAAACUUGUAGAAAAGAUUCCUCCAAGCGAGAUACUUGCAAACAAGCGGAUAUUAAUAAAUCAGUUUCAUCUAAAAGUUACUACGAAAGUAUCAAAGGUCGGACGAAAAGAAAAGAGACCUCAACGGAUACUAAUAAGCCUGAUCGCAGGAUCGUUUGCGAGAAUACAAACUUUAGCAUGGCUCCCAAGGAAGAUUUUUUCUAUCAAAUAGAUGAGAAAACGCAGCCAUCGUAUGUGAAAAUGAAAAACAAGAAAGAACGAUUAUCAGAAGAAAGUUCGGUCUUCUAUACAAAUGAGGACAUCCCUUCGAAGGAGAUUGAAUCAAUUGAGACUCAAGAUUGCUUGGAGAAUUCCAGAUUGUAUCCCGAAAGUUGCAAUUUAUACAAUAACGAGCCGGAGAAUGAUAGCUUGAAGGAAAAUGUGAAAGAUAAAGCUUCGAAGAUCGAUCGAUCCGGUUCGCGAGAGGAUGCUGAAGCGCAGAGAUUGAGCGAGGAUGCUGUGAUCGACGAAAAGAUUUUGGAGAGCAAGAUCCUGGAAAACCUGGAUGAGACAAUCGAUAGAUUCGAUAGCGAAAAGACGCAGCUGACGUCGGAGGAUAGCAACGAGGAGAAGGAUAGCUUCAGCACAGAUUCUAUACAGAGUGGGAGCCCGUCGAGCGUAAAAGACUCGAAGGACGCCGCUAACCUCCUGGAUACCUUCAAUUCCUCCUGGGACUCUGGAGUCGGGGUGGACGUCGGCAACGGGAGUGGGUGGGUGAGGAUACACACGGGGAUCGAGAGCAGCCUCGUAUAUCUUACUCUGGACACCACAGCUAAGGACGUCUGCAGGGACAUGCUGUUGGGAGACGACUUGUCUCUGUUUGUUCAGUAUGGCGGUGAGCCAAGCAGGAGGUUGGCGUCCCUGGAGAAGCCGCUGGAGAUUCAGGAUCAAUUUCUUCAAAGGCUCGGCUACCAGGAUAUGUCCCGGCGCGCUCGUCUGGGAGUUGAUCCAGAACUCAGACAUCUCAUCAGCUUUCACGUAGGACCCGCAUCACCGCUGCCAGAUCUGGUGGGAUACAGCCGUUGCGGUUACGCUUUGGUAUUGAAGGGGUUGGUUUUUCCUCAGUGGAAACGACGACCUCUGGCCGUCAUCGGCUCCAGGCUCUUCCUUUAUCCGGCUUGUCCGGAAUCGCGAGCGGAAUGGAUGGAGCUGGGCGGCGGAGGUGGCGCGGUAUGCUAUGCGCCGUCACGUCUGGGCAAACUCGUUUUGCGUGUCACUGGGUUUCCCAGGGUCACUCAACAGUGCCAUGUGAGCCAACACCCCGAAGAGAGUCACCAUCGUGAAACCAGGCAUCUGUAUCUGGGCUUUCAUCAUCCCUGGGAUCGAGACCUCUGGAAAAGCUGGAUCAAAAAGGCUACGCAGUUGUCGACAUGCCCCAAAAAAUUAGACUUGAGCAAGGCGGGUUUAUCAAGAGUUCCCGACAGCGCAAUUGCUUUUCCAGCAAUAGAAGAGCUCGCGUUAGGAUGCAACCAGUUCACUAACGUUGAUAACAAUCUGAAGCUACUGCAUAGGUUUCCCAAACUUCAUACCGUCCAUUUGGAGAGCAACAAUCUCCACAGAAUCCCAAGAGAACUGCUGGAGCUGCCGGCGCUGACCUAUCUUAAUCUCUCCGACAACAAGAUUGAGAUAAUUCCGAGUGACAUCUGCCAACUAAUCAAUUUGAAAGAGUUGAUCCUUGACCGUAAUGGCAUCAAGGAUCUACCGGACGAAGUGACACGGCUGAGAAACCUGAGGAAUAUUUCCCUCGUCGGAAAUUUACUCAACACCGUACCAUCCUUUUUCAAUAUGCGAGCUCUCGCUCUGACAGAUGUUCUGUCAAAGACAGAUCAUGGAAAAUCUUACAAGGAUGAAAAAAUCAUUCAUAGCAAUUUGCACAAGAUAAAUUUACGGAACAAUCAGUUGAAAGGAAAUAUAAUUUUGGGAAAUUACGGCAAUUUGACGCAUCUGGACUUGAGCGAAAAUAGCAUUGAAAAAUUGGACAUCAGUGCUCUGCAAGAAUUGAGAAGUGUACGUUGUGGGCGAAAUUAUUUAACGGAAUUAACUCUUUGCGGCCGAAAUCUUGUAUCGCUUAUUGCAGGAAACAAUAGAAUAAAAAAACUAACUGUCGAACCUGUGCCAACUAAUCUGGAGCAUCUAGAUGUUUCGUACAACAAUUUAGAUACGUUACCAGAAUGGACGACUGAAGUGCCAGCAUUGCGAGUCCUUUUCGCUUCACACAACGCUCUCACGGCUCUCCCGGACAGGUUAUUGUCGCAACCUUCAAGACUAGAAGUUCUUCAUCUUCCUCACAAUCGACUACAAGCACUACCACCACCCAGGAGACCACUGAAUAUCGUCCAUUUAACUCUUCAGGGCAAUAUGUUGACCACGUUGCCAACUAGUUUUUUCGCGAACACAGAGAAGAUGAAAGUUUUGAAUCUCUCCAACAAUCGGCUCUCCGAACUUCCGUAUCGCGAAGAGGCCGGAAAAAUUCACCAGGGAUCGCACACCUUGGAGAAAUUAUAUGUCACUGCAAAUUGUCUGACUGAUACCGCUCUGGAUGCUCUCGCGAAGUUCACAUCUUUGAGAAUUCUUCAUAUCGCUUACAACACCCUGGACACGCUUCCGGAAAGUUGCAUAGCUGCGUGGGGCGACCUAGAAGAACUAGUGUUGUCCGGAAACCGAUUGCAGUACCUUCCAGACAACGUGGCAAAUCUGCGACACUUGCGCGUGCUGCGCGUACAUUCUAAUCGACUAUUAACAUGUCCCACCUUCAGUAGAACAGCAUCCUUGAAGGUGUUGGAUCUGGCGCACAAUCAGUUGGACAGGGUAAAUCUGGCAACACUAGUACCACCUCAACUGCAAUUUCUCGAUAUAUCCUGCAACUCCCGACUGCACGUGGACCCGCGACAGUUUCAGGACUACAGAUCCCAAAGACCGAUAUCUUUGGUCGAUGUGUCUGGACAGAACAGACCCAGUCUGCCUUCUCAUCCACAUCAACAAGAAAUCGUCGCAGCGGAGAAGAGCACCGAACAACCAUGGCGAUUGGGUUUUUCGGAAACGGCGGGUUCGCGUGAAAAACUAUACAUUUCCCAAGUGCGAAUGCCAUCCUUUUGCAAUGUCGAGGGUCUAUUCGGCGUAUUCGACGGUGGUUCCAACCAAGAAGCACCUAGCGCCCUUCAAGAAAUGAUUCCUCGUCUCUUACUGGAGGAACGAACGAUCCGGGAGACAUCGAAGGAAUAUCUUAAGUAUACCCUGUUGUCGGCACACAGGGAGCUCAAGGAGAAGGGCCAAAAGUACGGCGUCGACGCAACUCUGGUUCAUAUAGUGAAACUACCGUUGCAGCAAGGAUAUCCAAAAUCCUCAACCAAAUAUUCUCUGAAAAUUGCUUCCACCGGGGAUGCCAAAGCUGUCCUUUGUAGAGCCGCAGGUCCCUUGACCUUCGCUAAGUCUAAAAAAGCUCAAACAGUUAAAAACCAACUUGGUAAUGCUGCCAUGUUCCCCUUGGUGGUGCCCGAUCCGAUAUACGAGGAAGUGACAUUGGAAGACGACGAUGAGUUUGUCAUAGUCGCUAAUCGAAGAUUAUGGGAGGUCCUGAGCGUUCAGGAAGCCGUGAGGGAGGCCAGAGCAGAGGCCAGUCCUGUUCUGGCCGCCAAAAGACUUCAAGAUCUGGCGCAGUCUUACGGCGCGGAAGACAAUCUGAGCAUCAUCGUCGUCCGGUUGGCGGGACCGAGCCCGGGCGACAUGGAUCAGCUCAUGCGUGAACUCAGGCAUGCCGUUGGUAAAAACCGAAGCCAAAACGAUAGCGUAUGUCCUUGUCCUUGUUGCGUGCCGCCAGCGACGCAUAAACCACCGGCAGCCUGCUGUUGUCACGCGAGCGAAGGCUAUUAUCUUAAUGGCGUGCUGAAAAACAUUGUAGGCAGAUCCAACAAGGUUCACGGUGGUUCUGGAAGAUACUUCAAGAACUCUAGAUCGACGCAGGAGAACGAAAGUCCUCCGUACAGAGAUGACCGCAGUUCGCCAAGUGGACAAUCCGAUCAAGCCAGCGACAGCACUUUCAAGUCUCGUCAUCCAUCCGGAAGGAUGUGGUCCGGAAGUGCAGCUGCCAGAGCGACAAAUAAAGCUCACCAGAGUGUUCUCAUGCAAGAAAACAACAUACGAAAAGUAUCACCUUGCCUUCCUACCCAAGAAGAUGCUAUCUCAGAAAGAUCUAGCGCUCUCAGCGAGGAGCAAUUUCGUUGUUGGGAGUAUAUGCUUGAGCAGAAUACUCAGCUGUUAUUUGACAAAGAGCUGGACACGCUGACGAAGGCGCCAUUGCAUCGCGGCCAGUCAAGGUCGACGCCGCAACUAGGAAGCAAUUUGCCCUUUCUGUCGAAAAGGUUUGGCAGCGCCCGAUCCUUCAAUCCUUCGCUAUCACGACCGCCGAUGGUCCGUUUCGGCAGUGGACGAAGAUUGCUGAACGGCGGACCGAAUGCCGCCUAUUUCGGUAGCCUGCAGAGGUUGAUGCCGUACAAUCUCGAGUACGAUUUCGCCGUAAUCCAGGAGAGAAACGGCUUGGACUCGUUGGAGCAGGACGCUUCGAGAAUGCAGCAGUAUUGGGGAGUUGCCACCACAGAACUGUAGAUAAGAAUCUAGUGAGAGGAUACUAGGAAUAAGAUAGAAGUGCAAAAAUUUACAUUCAACAAUGAACGAGCUUAAUCGGAAUUAAAAGGAAUGUCACCCGGUCCUGAAUGUCCCGAAAAAGUUUCCUCUUCGUGCGGGUUUUAAGGUAUUCAUAUUUUGCAUGUACAUUUCAAAAAGCAUUUCAUAUCAUCGACGUCGUACCUAAUUGCAGGGUUUAACACGGAAAUUCGUUGCAUUAAGUCGUUUGUCGGAUCGCGAUAAAUUAAUUUGCAGUUACUUAUCAACAACUUAAUAUAAUCGGAAUGAUUUGUCUUGGGAGGCUCGACGGCGCCAAGUAAUUACAGCUGUACUCUAAUUAUAUUUUCAUUUGGCUGACGGAAUAAUUAAUGAAAUACGCGACGAAGCGAAGAGCUAAUCGUCAGCAGAAGCGCACAAUCGCAGUAAUAAUAUCGAUCGUGUUGAUAACAAUGGCACGGCCAAGAUAAGCUAUUAAGUUCUUCGAACCUUGUGUGAGGAAAGACGGCGGGAUUUGUACCGUCACUUUGGUAAUUCGCUCGUUUAUUGCGGCUGAUACGCGUGCAAUAAAGGGACCGCGGAAACCACUGUGCAGCUUUUACGCUACACAAAGCUCGCUUUAUUUCUUUAUAACGGUAGACACGCGGAAGAUCUAUAUCUGCUUUAUUGCGGAACGACUUUACGACAUUGCGCAGAAAAUAACAGAGACUAAAUAACAGAGAUCGAAGAAAAUCUGAUCUUCGAGAUCAGAAACUUAAAUAUUCUGAGAUUUCCAUGUAUUUUUUUUUUUUUUUUUUUUACUAUUAAAUUCGUUAUUAUUUGUCAUAAAUUCUUCAAAAAGAAAUUUCUUCACUUUGAUUUAAUUGAGGAACAUACAAAAUAUUUCGAGUUUAGCACUAUUAUUUAAUUUAAUUAUACAAAGUAUAAAAUUGCAUUUCUAUUUAUUUCUUUUAACGUACAGAUUCUCCUUGCACGGAUUUUACGUUAUCUCGUAAAUCUCAAUUAUUCGUUGCUCCAUAUUUUUAUGUUUUAGUAUCUAGUAGUGUUAGAUAUCGUUGUGCUUCAUAUAUUUUCUUAAGUUUUCUUAAAGUUUAGAAAUGGUUUUUGUACAUAAUUAUUAUUAUAUACAUACGUAUACAUAUAAUUGCGUAAUAAGUACAAUUUAACAUAUCUUGGGACAUAUCUUCGAUAUUGUGACACUCCCACAAUAAAUUAUAGAUAAUGCCAAGGAACACGUGAUACCAUUGACGCAACGUGCGAUCUCGUGCUUUCAAUUACAUGUAUACGUCACGUUACUGACGAUGUUCAGCUUAUAAUGUACUGGGUGUCUCUAACGAAUCACAUCACCAUGUGUACGAUGAUUCUUGUGUGUAAAAUGUUAAACAUGUUACAUUAAUGAAAAUAUUCAAUCGUUAUUUUAUAAAAAUAAAAGAUAAGAUAAUUAUAUAUGUAUAUGAAGAAUUGUAAUAAGAGAUAUUUGAGUCAAUAAUCUUACAAUUCUUUAUGUCAAUAGAUAAACUUGCCAUUUUACUGUAAUUGAUGAUAUUGGCAUCGUUAAUUUUUUGGAUAACCAGUAAGCAACGCUUAUACAAAUUUUUAUUUGAUCAAAGCAAUGAGGUAGAACAGAGACACUCUAUAUUUAUAAGAAAGAUAAAGUUGUAUCACAUUGGCGAUCAAAGAGCAUACUUUCGAUAAAAAUUCAUUUUUCUUCAUUCGCUACUGCGUCAUUAAAACACAUUUUUUAUGCCUCCUCUUAAUCGGAAUUGUGCUCUUUGAUGACAAGAAAAAAAGACACGUGAAGGAAAUGUUUCUUAGAAAUACAAAGAUAUUUUUUUAUAUUUUGAUAUAAUAUAGAUUGUGUCCUGGAAGAAAGUAUGUACCACACAAUGACAAAUUUAUAUUUAUCUAAAAUACGAAAGUUAUUUAAUCGCAAAAUAAAUUACGAGAAAAGAACAAUUUCAAAAGUUUAAUCAACCAAAGUCAUCGGCAUUAUCAGUAAAAGCAGAAACUUUCAAUAUUAAUUAUUCAGUAUUCUAUCCAAAUCUACAAAAAAUUCCAGGUUUGAAAAGAAUAUGUAGUGAACAAAAUAUGUAGUGAAUCGCUUCAAGCACAUGUUAAAAAAAUGCUUUUGGUACACACUUUCUCCGGACACCAUGUAGCAAAACUGUACCUGAGGCUGGACCAAAUAAAUCAUGGCGUGCAGUGACCCAUUGUUGUCAGAGCAUAUAAACUAUACAUUGCAAAUGUUGGCGCAUUCAGAAUUUAACGAAAACAUUCGGAAUUCUUUAUACAUUUGAAAUUUUGCGUUUAAAAUUUCAAACAUUUAUGAAAUUUUUUGAAUGUUUAAAAUUGACUUAUAUGCACAUUUUAAUAACGAA